GUACCAAAAGAAUUAUCGACCAAAUUAAUAUAGUACAAGAUGAAGCGAGCGAUAUUUUAGUUCUCUGCAAGAGGGACAAUCUUAUGAGACUACGAUCAGAUUUUGAAAUUGGAGAAAAUACCGAAGAAGAUGGUGGACUGGCAAAGAAUAAACCUGUACGGCCAUCCAACGAAGACCCUUCCAACCUUUCUAAUGGUGAUGACUUUUCCAAGGAUGACGACCUUUUCGAUGACGACCUUUUCGAUGGCAACGACCUUUCCAAUGAUGGCGACAUUUCCGAUAAUAACAAUGAUGGCUUUUCUAAUGGGUUUAAAUCAGAGAAAGCUUCUAAUAAACGAGAAAAUGAGACCGAAAGAGACGUAUCUACAUGCAAAAAGGCAAAAAAGAGCGUGAAGAAUGAUUCUCAACCAAGAAACGGAAGGUCAUCCACCGAGCCUCUUCUCUCUUCUGAUGAGAGUAACAAAGAACAUAAUGAAGACGAUACGGAAAUUAAAGUUGAUCUACCAAGUAUUUCAACCGAAUUGCAACGUGAACCGAUAGUCAAAUGGGAAGUUGGCCACAUCAAUGUGACCGAUCGGUUUCGGCAGUACCAGAAGGAAAUUAUUAAUAAGGCGGAAAUGAAAGGGUUGAAAUACGACAAUAUAUACGAACUCUUGUAUAGCUUUGUCAUCGAUUAUUGUCCUCUCUUGGCCAUGACCAUAUCCUUCCUUGUUUACAAUUCAAGAAUGGAAAGAAGUUACAAAAAAUAAUCCUUAUACUGUUCAAGAAUCCUCACUUUCACCAGACAUUUUGUCAUCUCUUAAUGAAGCAUCGUUUAACCAUUUUCUCGAAAAGGACGCAUUUAUGGAAAGUGGAAAAUCGAAACUAAGUAGACUAGCUGCACGAUCGUUUAAUGAUUUAUAUGACAGUAUCAUGAAGACUGCUCCGUUAAAAUUGUCCU